CGCUCGAGGCACGCCGCUCGCGGACGCUUUAUUCUGUUCUCGGCAAGCGCUGGACUCCAUGCAUUCUAGAACCAUGGAUUCAAAUGCAGGUGGCUCUACCGAAAAGUCGGCAAAGAAAGCAGCAAAGCGUUCUAAAAAGGAGAAACCUCUGGAGGAAGUAUCAACACUCAUAAUCGACAUCAACCCCUGCCAUCGCUACACUCUGCUCGUCCUCAACCUCAUCAUCAUGUUGUUCUCCGGCAUCAUUACUGCAGGAUCCGUCUAUUCCCUGAUCAUGCGGUGGAACGAUUUCAUGCUGAUUAGAGAUCCCAUACUCCUAAACCUGCUGGUGAACCUGGAGAUCCCUUAUUUGAUCCUGGGAUCUUUGGCCUUCAUCAUGUCAGCGAUCGGUUUCAUUGGCACUCUACGCGAAAACCUCGCGCUGCUUCAAACGUACAACAGUAUUUUGACCUUUCUCCUGAUCGUUGACCUCGUGCUCGGAUUCACCUUCGUCGGUGUGCCAUUCUUCGCCAGAGGGAGCAUCAAGGGCCUCUUCAGUACACAGCUCAUCAUUCACUACCGAGACAACGAAGACUUCCAAGGCCUCGUCGACUACGUUCAGGCAAGGUUCCAGUGCUGCGGAGUCACCACGAAAAACUUCCGCGACUGGAACAUGAACGUGUACUUCAACUGCACCAAAGAUAACCCGAGCUCCGAGCGCUGCAGCGUACCGUCAUCGUGCUGCAGGGUGUCGGGUGACGACCCCGCCAUCAGCGCACUGACGCACCGCUUUUGUGGUGGCGGUGUCCUGGCCAUGACGGAUUAUCAGGCGUGGAAUGUCGUCUACGUUCGAAACUGCGUGGACACCAUGGUCGCCGUGAUCAGAAAGAACGGCAUCUUCUUGGCGACGAUUGUUAUUGCCGUGCUCAUGGCUUUAAUAAUAGUGGGCAGCAUGGUGAGCAACGUCAUAAGCGAACUCAAUACGUUGACGAAAGUCUAUAAGAAAUACUACAAGGCGGUUGCCAAGGGCCUCAAGAAGAAAUUGGCCAAACUGGAAGCUAUGGAGGACGCACCAGAAGGCUACUUGGUCGACCUGGGAUCUCCCGGUCGAGAACGCAAGAAACCCGUUGCGGUGGCCUUGCCCAAGGAUCGGAAGUGCGUCCAACCCUGCAGGACUCCAGGAACUGAAUUCGACAGGGCGAUCAGUUACGGCGCCAUUCCACAGAUCGGAGCCUUCUGCAACGAACGCGCCCGACUCUUGGCUUCGUGGGACUGUCCCAGGCACAACGUGCGGAAGUACAGCCAUGUGUACGACCCAAACUGCGCCGCGUGCUGCAGGAUGGAGGGACAUCAUACGCCGGGCACCCCGCGUACGCCCCACAAAGGGCAUCAUGUAGAGCACGAUCCACUAUAAAAUAGCUUUGAAUCUCG